UGAGUAAUGUAAAUAUGACGUCACGGUCAUUCCGAUUUCCAAUAUGGCUGAAUCUAAAUAAUCGGGGUUGGAGGAUGGCAUUUUUUAUACUUUUUUAAAAGGAAUUAAAUACAAUCUAAAUACGAAAAACGAAACAAAAAUUUCUAGCAGUGAAAUGAAAUAAAUUUAAAUAAAAACAAAUUGGUAAAACUUUAAAAAUGCCUGUCUUAAGUCCUCAUCGUAGUUCAUCGUCUGGUCUAAGCGGAUCCUACAGAUCGGCAUUAGAUAGACCUUUUUAUGGAAGUUCAUCCUACAGCCCUAGAUUUACAAGUAGUUAUAGUGAAAGAUUCACAACAAGGUCCUACACAGACACGGAUGGUCGUCGAAUAUAUUCCAGAUCCGGUUCAAUAACCGAAGAUGGCGUGACGACCAGAUUCAGAGAAGAAUCCCGGGAGCCGAGCGUCAAACGCGAUUCCAUAUCCCGGGAUUCGAUCAGAGAGAAUUCGAUCAGCGAUUAUUCGCGCGGCAGAGAUGGUUCGUUGACGCGCAACGAACGGCUGUCGGCCGUCAACGUGUUGGACUCCGUGGCCGAGAUGCGAAACAAAUACUCGCCCGCCAAUUACGUGCCUGCUUGCAUGAGAAAAAACGACAACAUCGCCCGAUCGAAGUCCAUUAAUGAUAUCGGUCUGCCUCCGAUCGAGGCGAAAGGAACUAAGAAAAAGGUAAACGAUCGAGUAGAAAGCAUUUUUACUAACAGUGUGGCAUAUUCUAACAAUACUAAUACCGACAAUUUGACGGACGAAGAUGAUAACGGCAACCGCGCCUCGGUGGCCGAUCUAUGCAAAAAAUUCGACGACAAACAUUCUAGAAUCGUUAAAAACGGCCUUCACCUCGCUAGCGCGGCCAAUAAACCCUCCGAUUUGACCAAUGGCAAGACCAAACGGGUCGACGUAAAAAAAUCUAGUAGCGUUGCUUCAGUCACUAAGAAAACUGACAACUUCAACAAUAAAUGUCACAAUAACACUGAUGUUUUGCAGUCAAAUUCUAAAUUGGAAGUAAAUGAAGACACGGCGAUCAGAAAUGGGUCAGAAGUCGAUCGGGACGAUGGUUUAGACGACACCAGCGAUUCCAUAGCGCCUUCGAAGAAUAAUUCGAGGGUCAAUAAUUUCUCAUCGUACAUUACCGUCUCGACCAAGGACUUUCAGAGAGGGGAUGAGACGCAAACGGACGGCAAGGACUAUUCUAAAAAUGAUAUGGAUAACAAGGAAAAUUUCCUUAGUAAAAUGAUACAGACGAGCGACCUAUCGACGUCACCGAAACUAACCAGAACAGCCAUCUCUCCAUCCAACUCAAUACAAAGUAGCCUUAACUCAAGUUCCUUAUCGCGCCGAUCGAGCGAACGAGAUAGAGAGAGCCAUCAUCGGAUCCGCGAUUAUUCGGAUGAUGACAGCGGCGGCGAGAGAGCGAUCAACAGCUACGGCGGCUCGGCCAUCAGGCCGAACGCUUACAGCGCCGACGCUAAAUGUAUGGGCCUUAACGGGCUCAAGAACAUCGGAAACACUUGUUUCAUGAACAGCGUCAUCCAGUGCCUGUCGAACACCAGUGAUAACGACAAGGCUCAAGAGGCUUGGCGCAGGUACUUGAGAAUGGACAAUUCCAAAAUAGUGGAUCACUUUGUGGGCCAACUGAAAUCCACGUUAAAGUGCACCUAUUGCGGUCACUGUUCGGUAACGUUCGAUCCCUUUUGGGAUCUGUCCCUUCCCAUACCUCAAAGGACUGGUCAAUUAAGAUUGUCGCAAUGUUUGGAUUGUUUUACGCGAGAAGAGACUUUAGAUGGCGACGAGAAACCGACUUGUUCGAAAUGCAAAGAAAGACGAAGAUGUACGAAAUCGUUUUCGAUUCACAAAUUUCCCAAGGUGUUGGUCAUCCAUUUGAAAAGGUUUUCUCCGACGGAAAGAUUUCGCGGAAAGUUGAACGUCACCAUCGAUUUUCCGUUGGAGGAUCUCGACAUGAGCCAGUACGCGGCCGACAACGUUGUUACGUCUCGGUACAAUUUGUACGCCAUUUCGAAUCACAGCGGCACAACCUACAGCGGACACUACACGGCGUACUGUAGGCACCCCUACACGGGACAGUGGCACGAAUAUAACGAUUCAAGGGUUUCACCGAUAUCUCCGAGAUCAUUAGUCAGUGGGGAAGCGUACGUCCUUUUUUAUGAACAAGAGGGUACAAAGUCCCACCUUUAAGUCAAUAACACUUUUUAGUUUUUUAAUGGGAUAUUUUCGAACCAAGGCUUUAUUUGGUUUUCGCAAAAUUUAUUUAUAUACACUCAAAAAAUAGAUUAUUUAUUAUUCUCCUCCUCUGUAAAUUUUAUGUAUUUAUAAUUUUGUUUAAUAUAAAUCAAUAACCACGUUGUCCACGAAUCGUGAUUUUUUGAUGAUGUCUUUGAACUCUUUUACAAGUUCUGGCUGGACGAAGAGGAUCUCUGGUACGUCAUUUGCUAAAAUUUCUAUACAUUAAUUAAUUAAUUUUUGAUUUAUUUUAAAUCUUUAUAGGUUGCAUUUAAUUUUUAAAUACGUUGAAUUUUAAUAGUCUAAAAAAAAUAUUUUUAUAUAAUUAGUCCAAUCAUUUGGGCAAUUUUUGUGCCAAAUUUGCAAUUUCGAGCCAAAUUUGCCUUUCAUUAGUUUUAGAGUUUUUUUGAAACAAAAUUUUCAGUAUUUUUUUGAGAGGGAACUUUUUUCUAAAUUGAACCAUUUGGAAUUUUUUUAGUCAAAUUACUCAUUUUUGAGCCAAAUUUUCAAUUUUUUGACACAAAUUUUCAAAUUUCGACCAAUUUGCCAGUAUUUUUUGAGAGAGACAACUUUUUUACUAUUCGUCCAUUUUUCAAUUUCAAACUUGUAAUUUUGAGCCA